AUGGAGGGUAGAGACGUGGUUAGCAGUGGUGGGGUUACGGUGGUGGGAUCCGAUGGUCCGUCGGACUACCAUGCUGCUCCCAGGAACGACAAUCCAGCUCCGGCUGGUGGAUCCGCCAUGGCCAUGUCGGGAACGCAGGUGGGUGCUCCGCUGCAGUCGGCGGUUGCAGCAGUGUCGGAGAAGAAGAAGAGGGGUCGACCCAGGAAGUACGCAGCAGACGGGUCGUCGGUUACUAUGGCGAUGUCUCCGAAGCCGAUUUCUUCUUCGGGUCUACCGGCGGUGAUCGAUUUCUCUUCGGGAAAGCGCGGGAAAGUGCGGCCACCUGGCUCCGUCAAUAAAGCCAAGUUCGAGGUUGAGAAUAUAGGUGUUCCCGCCGCCGUGUUUCAUCGUGCCGAGGUUAUUGCUGAAGGCUACCUUCCAGACGAUGUAUAG